GUUUAUGGGGUGCUUUAUGUGGCUCGUGGCUCCGCGCUAUGGCCCCGCCCGCCCAUAUUCCUCCAGGUCAUCGGUUGGAAGGCGUCACACCUGCGCCAAACUUUGAGACCAGAGCAACGAAGACACCUAUUCAAGCACUUUGCUGUAAAUUACCCUUGGAAUGAAGCAAUUUAAAUCUGUGGAUUUUGACAUUUCUACUAAAGCAUGACCAACUUCUUCAGCUAUAAGGUUUUUUCCUUACUGAUCUUGCUCCUCAAACCCACGGCGGUGUUUCCGCGGUCUGGCCUUGACUUGGGAGGCAACAGAACACGGCGGGAUGUCCCUUGCACAGCCAACCUGGAGUACCUGUACGGCAACAUCUGCUGUUUAAACUGUCCAGCUGGUACACAUGUGAUAUCACCCUGCACCAGAGCGGGAGAGAAGGGGAGGUGUGAGGAAUGCAACUAUGGGACAUACACUGAGCACCCAAAUGGUCUGAAUCAAUGUUUCAAGUGUACACAGUGUCGCUCAGAUCAGGAAGUUGUAAGGCAAUGUAUUCCCACUCAGGAUACAGAAUGUCAGUGCAAAUCAGGGAGAUUUUGUGCUCCUGACCAAGCAUGUGAAGUGUGCAAGAAAUGUUCAAGGUGUGAAAAAGAUGAAGAGAUGGUGAGGAACUGCACCUCUACCACUAACACAGAGUGCAAGAAAAUCCAGCCCAACUCUGUCUCUGCCUCAGCAAACGCAGCAAUCCUUGUGCCACUUGUACUGAUUUCUACUGGGCUCAUUAUUGUGACAAUAUUUUGCGUUUGGAAGAAGAGACGUAGAGCAACAGACUUUCAGAGAAACCUGCCUGCAAGGAUGAAAGCUGGACAGCAUUACACUGAAAACUGUCCCCCUGAGGAAAGGAGGAAGGGAGAAACCCAAAGGCCAAGCUGCUCAAACUGGCAACUGGUGAGAGCCAAACCCUCAGCUGGUAUGGAGGAUGAGCGUAAAGUUUUGUGCGGAAGCCUCAACAGCUCAGCCAGUAACUCGCAGCACAGUCUAACAAGCCUGCCCUCCUCCGCCUUAACCACACCCCUCUCCCAGGCCAGUCCCGAAGUCCCUUGGCAGCCCAACAGGAGGGAAGAUGAGCAAUUUCCCAGACUUCUUCCUGUGAAUGGUGAAGAAUCUCUGAGGAAAUGCUUUGAGUAUUUUGAAGAAAUUGAGCUUGACUAUCACAAGAGAUUCUUCCGUCACCUUGGGCUUACUGACAAUGUGAUCAAAAGCAAAGAAUACCUUCCCUAUGAAGACAAGAUCCAUGAAUUGCUAAAUGUUUGGAUGGAGAAAGAGGGCAGAGAAGCCAGCUUAAAUGACCUUCUGAAAGCAUUACUUGAUUUGAAUCAGAGGCGAACAGCUGAGACUGUCAGGGAGAAAGUUAUUCACAAUGGUCAUUACAAAUGUCAGUAUGAAUGUGAGGGGAAUGUUUUUUAGAAAACCCUUCUGAAAAGAUGUAAUCUUAAGAACACUACUGAUGUUUUGAGGUCCUUGUUGGUGAAGGCUUAUGCACCAGCCAAUACUGUUUGCAGUAGUAUUGCACAAGGCUACCAUCCUUGCUAUCAGGUCCUUUACCGGAAUAGGCUUAUGCAUCAUCAAGUACUAGUCAUAUUAGCAACUCACAAGGCUACCGCCCAUAGAGAAAGCAUGAGUAAUGAUGUUUCAUGAAUAUCAUUUAUGGCAUGAGGUCUUUGCUGCUUGUUUAAAUCUUCUCCCUUGUCCAGUGCUGUCCAGGGAAGUAGCAGCACACAAGGCUACCACCCAUAGUGGUGUUUUGGUGAGAAGUAGAAUUUAUUCAGCCAAAAACAAAAAUCCUGGCUGAAUUGCAGCUUGAAUUCAGUUGUUGGGUUUUUUUUUUUUGUUUUUUUUGGUCUGACUACGGAUGAUUGUUCCCUUCAGCUUUACAUGGAGGGUCAAUAGUGAAGUAUUUAAUUACAAAAAGUGUUUGCUGUCUUGUAUACCAGGUGUACAAAGACUGCUUUUUACAUAGCCCAAAUCCUAAGACAGGCUGACUGUUUCCCAUGAGUGUGAUAGACCUUUUUCUUUUAAGAUAUGUUUUAUUUAUUCGAAUGUAAUGUCCUAAGGGAUGAAUGUCUUUAUGGUCGCACUGAAAGAGCAACAGAGCAUGUGAAACAUUAAGCUAAAUGUCUAGGGAGCAGUGGAAUUACUACACGUAUACACCAAUCAGCCACAACAUUAAAACUAGAGACCAUCUUGUGAUUGGAUCACAGCAGCCGUGAUGCCCAUCAACAUGUUGACGUUCCAGCCAAUGAGUACUCAGUGCUCAUGGGUCGGCCCACACCCAUCUUCGAACUCCUUCAUUUCAAUCUCAACUACACACGUGUAAAGUUUCGUGACUGCAUCUUGCUUGGUUGUAACGCUAUCGUGUUGACAAAAUCUAUCCACAGACAGACAGAGAGACAUAAGCAGUUUAUUAUUUAAUUACAAUGGUCUCUGCCUGACUGUAUCUUAUACUUGUUGAUUGACAGUGUUCAUGAUCAUAGUUCUGCUUGGCUCUUGGUUUACUAGCUAAGAGCACCUGAUCAAAUUGACUGCUUUUUUAAAAUCUCUUGUCUGCAUUGUAUUAAUGGUCUAUCGUUACACUUCUGUCAUAAUCCUGAUCGCGACAUCAAACCACAAAAUGUUCUACUGCGUGCCACUGAUGUGCGUCACAAUAGCAUUAAGUGACUUGCCCAGAAGUAUCUGAGUGGUUAAGCUUGAGAGGAAGAGUAUCUCCUCCCAUUCCCCCGAUUUCCUUCUCUUAAUGAAAUGUGUGCCUCUGCAAUAUGAUGGCUCUGUCCUAAACUAAUGUGUGUGGCUGUCAGCGAAGUCAUGUAUGUACUUGUCUGCCUUGGUUAAUCUCAAUGUUACAUAAUGCCUACUUUUUUGUGUUGUUUUUUGCCAGUUGCAUUCUCUCAGGUCCUGUAGUGUUUGUCAGCCUGCUGUUUCAUUCUAAUUUUUUUUUUUUUUUCCGUUCUAUUUUUUACUGACCUACUUAAAGGUUUUCUUUACAGAACAAUAACUUGAUGAGCUCUAAAAUAUCGAAUUCACAUUUGAGCUUUUGAGCAAAAACCAAAAUACAAAAUGUCAUAAGAAUAUAAACUGUGAACAUGAACAUUCCUUUCUCUUGUUUUUACCUUUUUGACUGAAAUUACAUGUUUUUAAGUUGUAAAUAUGUGGUUACUCAGAUUUGGAUAGAGCAGGAGUAACUUAACACAUACAAAGCUAGAGAUGGGAAUUUACUGUGCAGUGAUUACAAAACUCCCGGAGUUGAUUUCAAUAUGAUUUAAAUUUACUCUCAUGCUGUACUAUUAACUUAGCUGAGCCAGUGUGCUAGUUAGAUAAGUGGACCCCACCCUUUUUAGUGGAUUAGGAACAGGAUGUUCAUGUGCACAACAGUUCCAAUGUUGUCUUAAAAGAAAUAUGCAGAAAGGAAAUGAAGAAUAACAUUUAAAUGAUGAAUUUAUUUAAGUGGACUAUCAGUUUGAUGAUUACCUAAUUGAUCAGCUGCCUUCAUCUCUCAGUAUGUAAUAGAUAAAGUUAAUAGCUUUUAAUAGUGUUUUUGAAAAGAUGUUGUUAGCAUGUGUUGAAACACUGAAUAUCACUACGACCACAGGUCCUGCAGUGUAUUUGCACCAAAUCUAUGUAAGGUAAAGAUGAGCUGUGGUAAAACUGAAAAAACAAUUACCUUAUUCAUGGCAAGCAUUAUUUCGAGUCAUACCCAGAAAAGCUCAAUUUCUUUACCUUCAAUGAAGGCUCUGUUCCAUUUUAAGAAUCCAGGUAGGCCAUGACAGUGAGCCAGCAUGCACUGUGCCAUGCUACUGAAAUUAAAUAGAAUAUAGCCAUAAUCAGUGUUGUUAAUUACACCUUUGGUUUUCCUGUUAUGACAAAAGUCUGUGGUAAUCCAGUGUAGAGCUGCAAAUGAGGAUUUUUUUAAUUAUCAAUAAAUCAUUAGAUCUUUCUAGAUCAGAUGCUCAAACGUUGGUCUAUAUGGUCUUUUAAAUGUCAGUUAUGUACAAGGUCCCAGUGCCCAAGGUGAAGAUAUUCAGUUUACUCCGAAGAUAUUCACGUGAGUAGCUAAAACCAGUUACCAAUUUUGUCUUGAAAAAUGAUAAAAUGAUUAAUUAUCAAAAUUGUUGCAGAUUAAUUUUCUGUUGAUCCUAAUCGACUAAUCAUUGUAGCUAUAAUCCAGAGAUACUGAUGAAAAAAAGUAUAUAUACAGGACACGAUUUUCAGUAUUAAUUCUUGAUUUUGGAAGCAGCAAGUUGAAAAAAUAACCUGUCAUGGAAUUGUUGAUAGAAUGUUUUUUGAUCACUUUAAGGACUUAAUCUUCCAAGGACUGAUUCUUUGUUCACACCAUGUGGAAUGGAACUCAAGAAGGCCGUGUGGUUGCAGAAUUGGUCACGUGAGAGUUAAAAGUACCUUUCCCUGACAGUAUAACACCAUAUUCAUUAAUAUUGAAUUUGAUUACAUUCAAAUAAAUUGAGCGAUGGACUUUGGCUGACAUGAGGUGUCCAUAAUUGUUUGGUUUGCAGGCAUGUCUGUAUUGUGAAGCCCCAAGUAAGAUUGGAUUGGAGAUUUUAGAAAAGUCUUGAGCUUCUGAGUAGAAACUCAUUAGAGUCCUCUGGGAACCAAAUGGAGCUUCAGGUGAGAUUGUUUUGUCAUACACAGGACGUGUUCCUCAUCGCUCUGAUUCCUGCUAUACUUUGGUUGUCUGCCUGAAUUUGUCUCAUGGUGACCACAGUGCCCUUUACCAGCAGGAGCUCAGUAGGCCAUAAGAUCACUGCAGAGUAAUACUCUAUGCCACAACAAACGAAUCCUCUGUUCAGUACUGUGCACCUUUGCUCCUGAUAGCAGCUGCUCCGUGUUGUGACAGUGACUCAGCAGGGAACAUGUAGCGUCCUGCUGAGCUUGAAGACAUUAGCACUUCUUGCAGCCGGCCAAGGUUGAUGGGUCAAUGCCCCUUUCUCAGAAAAUUUAGCUUGAGAUCAUCCCUGAGGUGUUUUGAGGGAUUGGUAUCAGGGGAUCAUAAGGGCCUCAUCUAAAUGUUUUACUAGUGCACAUUUCUUACCUGUCAUUGAUUCUAUAGCUGUAGAUAAAGUGACAAACAUAAGUUCUACAUCCACACAUUAAACAGUCUUCAUGAGCUAUUCAGACAUCCCUUCACUUGCCAAUCAUUUCUGCAGUUUGCUGCCUCAUUUUCUCCUUCAUUCCUCAUUCAGCAAGUUGAAUAUAAUGCUUAGUUCACUGUUCAUUUAUGGUCCUCAAGUGUUUUUCUUACAUUACCAUUGUGAAUGUUCAUGGGAUAACCGUGUCCCUUAAUUCAGAAACUAGCCCUACAGUCUGUAUUCUAAGCAAGAGUGGUUAAUAAAGGUGUCACAAAAAGGUUCAGCUAAAUGAUAACUGCUGUUACAAAUCAGCUUUCGUACUCAUGCAUCAAACUAAUGCUUGCCGAGAACAUUAUUAAACAUUCUGUAUCAGCCAUCUAGUGUACCAGCCAAAUUACAACUCACAAAAGGGAUGUAAGGUACAGAUCUAUUGAAGAUCUGAGAGUUUGGCUGCUUAGUGGCCGUAUUAUACAUUGUUACAUGAAAUACAAACGUAUUUGACUUUGAAAAUUGAAGUCAGUCUGUUACUGUAAUAGGGCUCUGCCUUUUGCCAUACAAUGUAUUUUUGUAGUAUAUAAUAGAUCUGUAUCAAAAAAAUCUAUACACUUUUAUCAUCAAAGAAAACUUUUACUGGAAUGGAAUUUAGAAAAAAAUUCCAAUGCAUGACUUGUUUAAAAAUAUAACUCUACAAUUUCUGUUCACACUGAGUGGUUGAGAAGUCAAAACUCAGGAAUCCAACCAGAUAGCACACCUAAGAAAAUCCCACUCUUCAAACAUCUUUAAACAAACCUAAUUCAAAGUUUAAACAGAUGCAAUUAAAAACAAAUGCAACUUUCAAAAUAUAAAUUCUGUAUACAUAAACUUCAUAUGUAAAUGUUAUACACGAAUCAAAAUGUGUUACAACUAUAGGAAGAUGAGAAUUUGAAGUUGCUCAACAUCAAAGCUCUUCUGCACUUCACGAGUACAAGAAUUAUUAGCAAGCAGCUCUAUGAGGCUAUAAUGCUCAUUGUAAAGAAAAUCAACUAUUUUUGCCCCAAAUCUUGUUUGACCCUAAAUAGUCAUGGUGAAUAAAUGUAAAAAUUACAUUCUGUUAUUGUAAUAUGGACACAAUGACAAAGUUGAUAUAUUUCAUAUUUAGCAGGUUAUAUUUACCAUGUUCAUCUUAUUGUUCAGUUUGUUAGCAUGCUAACAUUUGCUAAUUGGCACUAAACAAGUACAGCUGAGGCUGAUGGGAAUGUCAUUAGUUUUGCAGUUCAUAAACCAAUGUACUGGAUAAUAAAAUUUUGACUGGCUGAUUACCUGACGUUUACACCAAAACUUAAAUAUCAGAGGAUCAUGACAGUUGUAAAUAUUUAUCACCUGGGAACCAUGAAUGUCUGUACAAAAGUCUUCCCAAUUUAUCCAGUAGGUGUGGCGAUACAGUAUUGCAGUGGAUAUUUGAAAUUUUUUACCUGUUGAGGUUGCUAGAUGAAAAUCAACAAAGUCAUUAAGAUUCUUGAUCUGGGGACCUGUGCACAAAAUUUUAUGGCAUCCAUUCAAGACACUUCACUCUUGACCAAAAUGUCUAUGGGAAUAAUAUUUAUUUAUUGGUGCGCUGAAGCUUUUGAACCUUAGUUUGAUGGAUUUUAAGCUUGUGUCUGAUUACUGAAAAUGGUGUUGGUGUUGAGCAUUUGGGCUUUAAAAAGAAACCAAUUCACUAUCCAAACAGUAUCUGUUAGAUGAUGAUGUCAAUGAGAGAGAUGUCUUGCUCCACAUCAAAAAUCCUUGUAGAGCCUUUUAACUCCCCAAAUGAACACCAUCAGAUGUAAGGAAAGGCACUACCUUGUUCAGGAGGAGGUGAGAGCCAGAGUGGAAGACACGGGCACCUGCAAAGGCAGUGAGAAUGAAGCAGCAAGGAGCUUGGACAAGAUGGGAGGUUGCGGUCAAGAGGAAAGUGACCGUGAGCACAUCUUCAACCGCUGCAUAAAGGCAUUUGGGGAGGGACAUUACCAGCAGUGGCAUGUUCAGGUCACGAAAACCAUUGCUGAAGCCAUCAGAGUCCACCAAGCUAGCUUUGCUGCUGGAGCUGAAAGUCCCAUGGAAAGAUCGCUUGGAAGAGUCCUUUGAAAGAAAGGUCUCAGAGUAUGCAGGACUGGUCAUCAACUGUCAGCAGGCUGGAUGGAGAGCGAGGUGUCUCACAGUGGAGGUUCGAUGCAGGGAAUUUGCAUACCGUUCUUUAGCCAGAGCCAAGAGCAAUUUGGGCAUCAAGGGGGAGAGGAAGAGGAGAGCCAGCCGCAAUACCACCAAUGCAGCAGAGAGGGCUUCAAGAUGGCUGUGGCUCAAAAGAGGAGAGCCAUGGAGUCAUAAAUAGCUUAGCCCUAUAGACACAGACUGUGGUCUGAUCAGUCCCAGCUGAGUCAUCUCGAGGAGGGUGUAUGAUGUUGAAAGACCUGAAACCCCCAAUGACUCCAGGAACAUCACUGAUGAUGUGUCCAGAGGCAGCAGUAGAUGUACAGUAUGUACAGAGCAUGUUUUACGCACAACUCAACCUUAGGACUUGUUAAAUUGUUACCAGUUUUUUUCCUUCUAUUUUAUUGCUUUGUUGUUGUCCAUUUCCAAGGUUGAGUUUGCAAAAAUAAUGAAAGAACGUAUUUCUUCACUUACCUCUCCUUAUAUUUGGCCUUGUGGAAAUGUUAGAUUUUAUGUGCCAAUGUUUUGAGGUAUUUGUGUCAGAGUUUUGCCUCCAUCACUAUGCCUUGGAGGUGGAAGUGGUUUGUAAUGAUCAAUUUACAAAUUGAAAUUUUAAAAAUUGUGAACUUAAAUCAAGACAUCAUGGAGUGGAUGAUUAGAACCUAUAGAGUUUUUAAACACCUUAAGAUCUCUGCUGGUACACCACAAAGACAUCCUUGAGUUGAGAUUAUUUUUCUUCUUGUAUAGAAAGUACUUCUAAUGGAAACUAUUCACAGUGACGUCUGUGGAUUUGCAAUGCUUUGAACAACAAAAUUCAAAUGAUUUUCACUGUAUUUGGGUGGAGGGCGAAGUCUCAGAGACAGCGUCUCCAAGCCAGGACAAAUAA